CUCUUUACCCACAGUUCCACAUUGAAUCUGUCUAUCGCACCUUCUUCGUUCUUCAAUUACUAAUAUAAAUUAAGAACAGAAUGAAUAGAUAAAUGAAUAUAAAAACUUUCUUGCGAACGUUAUUGAUACUGUGUUUUUAUCUUAAUUCUACUUAGUAACUUUUUUCUCUGUUACUUAAGUAAUAAAUUAAAAAAAGAUCAACUGUAUUUACUUAUUUUCAAGUGUAAACAUCUCAAGGUUCUGUUAAGCUCAGACACUUCAGGAGCAAUUUCUGAAUUUCCACUUGCCAAUAUUAUGAUAAUCGUCACUAUCAUAAUGAUAUGACACAUAUCAUUAUAGAAUUAAUAAUUACUUUUUCCACGCCAUAAUUAAGACAGAACCUUGUGAAUCCGGUCAAUUGGUAGUUCCGGUCCGGAUUAUAUGCGCUACCGCUGCCGCGGAGGGUUAAGCUAGGCUAGUUCAAAACUCCUCCCGCUAAUACUUGCCUUCCAGCGAUUUCAUCGCUGCUCUAAAUGUCGCCAUUCAUUCCCGCGGAGAGUUUUAUCUACCAGCGGACGCUGGUUUUAUAAAUAACUUUUUAUUUAGUGAUAUCUUCUGGAGAUACGGUAAACAGCAUCAAGGGGCCCUAGUCAAAGCUAACUGUUAACCCAAAAGCUAAAAUGGCGGACAACGAGGGUGACAGCGGAGCUAUUGGAACAAUAACAGUGGCGGAGCCGCCGGGGACAGACUCUGAGCCCGACGUUCAGCCAGACACGCAGCGCGUGGAGCCUUUAUCAGUCCAGCCUGCCGUCCAGAUCUUACAGGCCGAGGAGAAAGGAUCGACUUUCCUCGUCGCCCAGUGCGAUCAACCUGCAGAGAGUGCAGAGCCCGGGUCCUGUGCGGAUGGCGGUCAGCCCCCGAGUGGAGGAGAAACUUGCCAGGUGGAGCAGCGCAUGCUGGUGGGCGCAGAGUUUACCGACCUGGCCAACACCACCAUCAUCUACGUGCAGCCUGACGGCAGCCUGGUGGAGGGCUCCGGGCUGACGGUGGAGGAGCAGCAAGCGGUGCUGCAGCAGCUCACCAAGCAGCAGAUCGUGCAGGUCUCCGACACCGAGGCCGUCCAGCUGCUCCAGCACAGCCAACUGGUCAAAMCGGCCCCGGUCCAAAAGACGGCUCUGGAUCCGAGUCAGCUGCAGCAGGUCAUUAACCAGGUCACCAAGUCCCAGAACCAGGUCCAGGUGUCUCAGGAGAACCUGCAGCAUGUGAAGGGUCAGCAGAAGCAGGUCCAGCUUUCCCCACAGAACCUAAAGAUCAGCCCUCAGAAUAAUGCUUCCACCCAGCUGAAAAGUGUGGCUCAACAGGUCGCUUUGCAGUCCACCACUUUAAUCCAGGCAGAACCAAYGCGAAUCCAGAUCCAAGUUCCUCCCAAACAGGACCUGAAUUCUUGUGUGAGUCUGCAGCAGAAGACRGUGGCYAUCAGCCACCCGCAGGUGAAGCUGUCUGCCAGCAGCGGCCUGGGCAACGCRCAGAUCAUCCACCUKCAGCCUGUGGUGGGUCAGCAGGGUCAGCAGAUUCUGCUGCAGCAGAACCCAGGAGAACCCCAGAUCCAGUUGGUGCUGCAGAACGCCACUCCUGUGGUGGGCUCUCUGCUCCCCUUGGUCCACAACGUGACGGGCCCGGCAACCAUAGCAACUGCUUCCUCCAGUCUGGGACAGAAACCUGCCCCUCCUACCGUCAGAGUGGCAGCUUCCACCCCAGUUAAAGACCCGCCCCCUUCCAGCAGCAAGCCCCCUGAUGCUCCCGUCACUAAAACUAUCAGCAUUCCUCUGAUUAAGACACAGCACAACGGGACGGCCAGYGCUGCUGGGAAAGUCCCAAUUAAAGCGACCCCGGUCAUCCCCGCAGCUCCACGGCAACCCGCCACCCUCACCGUCACUCCCAGGCUUCCCACGGCAACCUCUGUCAUCAAGGAAAGAAACCGAGAAAAAGAGGAGAAGAAGAAAGCAAAGAAAAGAGAGAGGAAAGCCCUGAAGGUCCAAACCCGAUCGGGUCGGGUGUCCAGGCCACCCAAGUACAAAGCUAAAGACUACAAGUUCAUCAAGACGGAGGACCUGGCGGAGAGCCACCAGUCCGACUCAGACGACUACUCUGACAUGAGCGUGGAGGAGGAGGAGAACGCCAAGCGGGACGGGAAGGGCUCCAGCAACCCCUCGUCUCUCAGCUACAGCCUCAAGUCGCGCUGCCACCGCUGCCAGACCUGCGAUAAGGCCUACAUCGGCCCCGGUGGCCUGAACCGCCACUACAAGUUGAACCCCACCCACGGAGAGCCUGACCUCACCGGGGUCACAGCCAGCGGCACACCAGAACCCGGCCAGAGCAGAGUGGACCAGAAGGUAGAGGAGGCUGCCACUGAGGAGGAGGAGGAGGAGGAGGAGGAAGAAGAGCAAGAGGAGGAAGAGGAGGAGAAACCUGCUGCCAUGACAACAAACAGUGGAGACAACGGCCUGGCAGCUGAAGGACUCACCAGCCUCCAUUACCGGGGCCCAGGUCGCCCCAGAGGGCGAGGGAGGGGAAGAGGGCGAGGGAGGGGCAGAGGAAGAGGAAGAGGCAGGGGGCGAGGUCGAUCACUUGGACCUCCUCCUAAGGUGAGCGUUGGUCUCGUGGGCAGACCUGGUCGUCGCGGGCGACCCCCAAAGCUCGGGGUCAUUCCGGUAACAGCGCGGCAGCAGGCAGAGAGGAGACAGCUGAGGCUGCAGGAGCUGGUGGAGCAGUGUGAAGAUGAAGAACUGAUGGAUGCUGUUCUUCCUCGUUURACCAAAAUGUURAGUCURUGGGAGCUGCUGCUGGCGAAGCUGGACUGCAAGGGGUCKGCUUGUAGCUGCUUUCCAGACAUUUACCACGAGUUUGAAUCUCUGCAUGCUCAAGUCAGGCAGACUGCACAGGACUACAUUGUAAGUCCUCAGGGUGGAGCCAUGCCGGUGGAGGUCAGAAACAUUGAGGUGGCCAGGUCUCUAGGGAUCCUGGACGAGGUGAACAAGAUGAAGGUGCUUCCUGGAGCAUCGCCUGUUUCUAGUGGGAACAAUAAGAAYGUCCGGUACAUGGGGAACUCCAAGAUGUUGCCACCAUCUAAAAGAUUUAAGAUGGAAAACAGUAUUGCAGAUCACCAGAACGGCACAGAAGCGCCAAAAUCAGCUGCUGCUCCAGUGGCCUCAGCCACCCAGGCAGCCUCUCUUGUCAAGUCGUGCUCCGUGUCUGUGUCUCCCCUGGAGAUUUCAGGUGGAGCCAAAGUGCUGAGCCCCUCUGCUGAACUUACCUCCAGCUCCUCCACCAUCACCUCUCCUGACCCAACUCCCAGCCUGGCUGCACCUCCCGCCGGCCCCACACAGGAACAGAAGGAGGAGCCGUCAGCCCAGGACCAGGACGUACACAUGGCCGACGCCACGGUCCAGGACGCAAACAUGGCCGACGCCACGGUCCAGGACGCAAACAUGGCCGACGCCUCGGUCCAGGACGCAAACAUGGCCGACGCCACGGUCCAGGACGCAAACACGGCCGACGCCACGAUCUACACUGCAAAAACGCUAAAACUUGCCAAGUAA